AACAAAAGAGCGUCUUUUUUUAGUACUGAUCAGAGUCAUUCUUUACUUAACAAUUUUAAUUGUAUUAAUACUAAUUACUGAUAAAAAAUUAGCUUUCAGAUUUUAUUAGAACUAAAAAAAUAAUAAAAUUUUGACUAACUAUUGUCAAAAUGGGUGAUAUUAAAUCAUUUUUGCAUCAAUGGUGCACUAAAAAUGGCAAGGAGCCUCAGUUUGAUGUCAGACCUACAGGUCUAAAGCAUCGCCAACGUUUCCUCUGCGAGCUGCGAGUAAACGGUUUCGACUACGUCGCAGUGGGAAACUCCACUAACAAAAAAGACGCGCAGGGCAACGCAUCCCGAGACUUCAUCAACUACCUGGUACGAACAGGUCACGUGGCUGCAAAUGAUGUCCCUGGAGACAUUGGUCCAACCGGAUUGGAAGCAGGAGCUGGUCCAGCUCCUGGCCCAGCACAAGGUCCAGGUCCAGCGCCAGGCCCUCAAAGAUCAGUCUUCCAGGACGGAAUGGGCCCGAACGACAUCGGUCAAGCCUACAGACCUUACAACGACCGCGGAGAGUCCAACUACACUUACAUGGACCGGAUCGCCGACCAGAAGCGCGUCGAGGAAGCCGAGGAUCUGGAUGUCAACGCUGCGAUCCACGGGAAUUGGACCAUCGAGAACGCCAAGUCGAAGCUCCACCAGUUUAUGCAAAGCAACAAAAUUAAUACCGACUAUAAGUAUACGCCCGUUGGUCCCGAUCACACUAGGAGCUUUAUGGCUGAGAUGACUAUUUAUGUGAAGCAAUUGGGAAGAAACAUAACCGGUCGAGAAACAGCAUCAAACAAGCAAACAGCUUCAAAAAGCUGCGCUCUGUCUUUAGUACGUCAAUUGUACCACUUGGGAGUGAUCGAGCCUUUCUCAGGAACUCUGAAAAAGACCCGUGAAACUCAGCAAAUGAAGCCUUACCCGGUGAAAAUCUCCCCGGAGCUAAUCGACAAGGUCUACGAAGUCCUUAACGGCUUGGAUGUGAAGCCCGUUGAUGUUCGCCGCCCUCCUAUGCCGGAAAAAAUAGAACCAGGAACCCAGAACCCGGAGGCCAAGCCCGGGAUUUCUCUGGUGACUGAUCACGUGCUGAAUGAUUUUAUUUCUUCAAACCCCCAGCCUGCGGGAGUAGUCUCUUGGUCGCCGCCUCAACCCAAUUGGAACCCUUGGAUUAAUUGUAACAUUGAUGAAGGACCUCUCGCUACUACUCCGCUGGAUACUCUUUCUGUUGACAUGAUGAAGGACCAACGGGAGCGUCAGUUGCAGGAUGCUUCGCUAAAGCAAAGCAUGAAAGAGCGCUCCACUCUCCCAGUCUUCGCAAAGAAGAACGAGAUAAUGGCAGCAAUAAACGAGAACCCAGUGAUAAUAAUCCGCGGAAACACCGGGUGCGGAAAGACCACCCAAGUCUGCCAGUUUAUCCUGGACGACUACAUCGCCUCCGAGCAGGGCGCUUACUGCAGCAUAGUAGUAACCCAGCCCCGUCGAAUUUCCGCGGUCUCAGUUUCCGACCGAGUAGCAGCGGAACGCUGCGAGCCUCUAGGCCAGUCCGUAGGCUACAGCGUUAGAUUCGAGUCCCAGCUUCCGCGGCCCUACGGCAGCGUAAUGUUCUGCACAGUUGGAGUUUUGCUCCGCAAACUCGAAGGCGGACUCCGAGGCGUCUCUCACGUGAUCGUCGACGAGAUCCACGAGCGAGACGUCAAUUCUGACUUUAUAAUGGUCCUUCUUCGUGAUAUGGUCCACACUUACCCCGACCUGAGGGUCAUCUUGAUGUCAGCGACCAUAGACACGACUCUCUUCAGCGAUUACUUCAACAAGUGCCCUGUUAUUGAAGUCCCCGGUCGUGCUUACCCAGUCCAGCAAUAUUUCCUGGAGGAUUGCGUUCAUUUGACCAAUUUCGUCCCGCCAAUGGACUCCAGGAAGCGCAAGUCCAGGGAUCCUGAUGAUACUCUUCCUGACGCAGAGCCCGAGGAAAAUAUGAACAAGUUUGUCAGCUCGGAUUAUUCUGAGCACACUAAAAAUGCAAUGGCCCAAUUGUCGGAAAAGGAGAUUAGUUUUGAAUUAAUUGAGGCACUCCUGGAGUACAUCAGGAGGCAAGGAAUUCCUGGAGCUGUUCUUAUGUUCCUACCAGGGUGGAAUUUAAUUUUUGCGCUGAUGAAACAUCUGCAACAGCAUCCUGUUUUUGGAGGGAAUAAAUAUGUUAUUAUUCCGCUGCAUUCGCAGCUUCCUAGAGAAGAUCAGAGGAAAGUUUUUGAACCAGUUUCUCCAGAUGUUACCAAGGUAAUUCUCUCAACAAACAUCGCAGAAACUUCAAUCACAAUCAACGACGUAGUCUACGUAAUAGACUCCUGCAAAGCCAAGAUGAAGCUCUUCACUUCUCACAACAACAUGACAAACUACGCUACAGUCUGGGCGAGCAAGACCAACCUGGAGCAGCGAAUGGGUCGAGCUGGACGUGUCAAACCCGGUUUUUGCUUCCAUCUGUGCUCCAAAGCCAGGUUCACCAAGAUGGAGCAGCACAUGACUCCAGAAAUGUUCCGGACGCCUCUGCAUGAGCUUGCUUUAAGCAUCAAGCUGCUGAACCUCGGCUCUAUCGGGAAGUUCCUGUCAAAAGCAAUCGAGCCGCCUCCAAUUGACGCGGUGAUAGAGGCUGAGGUUAUGCUCCGGGAGAUGAAGUGCUUGGACUCCAAUGACGAACUAACUCCUCUGGGGAAAAUCCUUGCGCGGCUGCCUAUUGAACCUAGACUCGGCAAGAUGAUGAUCAUGGGCUGCAUGCUAAGAGUUGGAGAUGCUCUAUCAACAAUGGCGGCCAACAGUACCACCUUCCCGGAGGUCUACAACAUGGGUCCUGAUAUGAGGAGACUCUCUGCUCAGCAGAAGUGGUUCGCUGGUGCUAGAUACAGCGACCAUGUUGCUAUGCUACAUGCUUUUCAAUGCUGGGAGGAAGCUCGUGGAGGAGGAGAGUAUGCUGAGCAAGCUUUCUGCGACUCUAAAGGUCUAAGCCUACCAACUCUCCGUGUAACCUGGGAGGCAAAAAACCAGCUCCAGGGUCUCUUACAAACCACCGGUUUCCCUGAAGAAACUUUAUGCCCGACUCCAUUAAACUACCAAGCAGGCGCAGACGUUCGACUGGACACCAUCACAGCGCUUCUGUGCAUGGGUCUGUACCCAAAUGUCUGCUACCACAAAGAAAAGCGCAAGGUUCUAACCACAGAAUCAAGAGACGCUUUGAUCCACAAGACCUCGGUGAACUGCAGCAACUUUGAGCAGACUUUUCCGUACCCAUUUUUUGUCUUUGGCGAGAAGAUCCGAACCCGAGCUGUGUCUUGCAAGCAGCUGACGAUGGUAUCACCGAUCCAUCUUCUGUUAUUCGGCUCCAGGAAGGUUGAAUUUAUAGACAACGUCAUUAGGUUGGACAAUUGGAUCAACCUGGAGAUGAAUCCCGAGCAAGCUGCGGCGAUUGUUGCUUUAAGACCUGCUUUGGAGAGUUUGGUCGUUCGCGCAGCGAAGGACCCGGAGAGCAUCUUGGAGUUGAGUCCAAUUGAAGACAAGGUCCUGGCGACGAUCAAGGAGCUCUGUGGAAUGAACGCGGGUCGCUUUGAGAUGGACGCUAUCACUGGAGGAGGCUUCCAGUCCCGGCGACCGCCUCGUGGACACUCUACUGGCUUCUCAGGACCUCCGAAUAAAUUUGCGAGAGAUGACAACUACCGUGGCGGACCUAGAGGUGGGUUUGGAGGCAGGGGUGGCUUCAGAGGUCGUGGGUGGGGUGACCGAGGUCAACGCGGCUAUAAUAGAUAUUAAUUUAAAUUAAUUUUUGAAGAUUUUUUGUAAUCAAGGAAUAAAUUAAUGGUUACUUA